UGCUAGUCGAUUACGUCCGAACCAAAAUUAAUGGGACCAUGGUAACUAACAGAAGAUCAAAAAAUAUCACUGCCUUACUGAUAAAAAGCCAGUAACCAAAAAAACAACUCAAGGACAUCACUUUAACGCAAAGUGCGUUUUACUACAAAGAUCUACUGAACUCCUUCAUUAGAAAUUUAAGCGCGUCGGUCGAAGAGUUCUUUCAGUUACUAAUUCUAUAGGUCCCGUCCACUAAAAAAAUGUCUGGAUCGCGCAAAUUUUUUGUUGGAGGGAACUGGAAAAUGAACGGAAGCAGAGAAGAUAACGAAAAGUUACUUAAAUUGCUCUCAGAAGCUCAUUUUGGUGACAACACAGAAGUUUUAAUUGCUCCACCAUCCCUAUUUUUGCACGACGUUCGAAAAACUUUGAAGAAGGAAAUACAUGUUGCUGCUCAAAAUUGUUAUAAAGUAUCAAAGGGUGCAUUUACUGGAGAAAUCAGCCCUGCAAUGAUAAAAGAUAUUGGUUGUGAAUGGGUAAUACUUGGUCAUUCUGAGCGUAGGAGCAUUUUUGGUGAAUCUGACGAACUUAUUGCUGAAAAAGUUCAACAUGCACUUGCUGAAGGUUUAAGCGUUAUUGCAUGUAUUGGUGAAACAUUAUCAGAGCGUGAAUCUAAUAAAACGGAAGAAGUGUGCGUUAGACAGUUAAAAGCUAUCGCAAAUAAGAUUAAAUCAGCUGAUGAAUGGAAACGAGUAGUUGUAGCAUAUGAACCAGUUUGGGCUAUUGGAACAGGUAAAGUUGCUACACCACAGCAAGCUCAAGAGGUUCAUAAUUUCCUUCGUAAAUGGUUUAAAACAAACGCACCAAGUGGAGUUGAUGAAAAAAUACGUAUUAUCUAUGGUGGAUCUGUAACUGCUGCCAAUUGUAAAGAAUUAGCUCAACAACAUGAUGUCGAUGGAUUUUUGGUUGGUGGGGCUUCAUUAAAACCAGAAUUCACGGAUAUAUGUAAAGCCAAACAAUGUUGAACGUUUUGUCAGUCUUCUUCUUCAUACUCUUCUUAAUUUUGUCUCUUCUCGUGUCAGUUACUUCCCUUUUUGUAUUAACAACCAAAGCACAUUAUAAUUAGUAGUAUUUUAAUGUCUAAUGUAAAGAAAUAUGACUACCAGUUCGAAUUACUUAAUUAAUAUCAGUCAAGAAAAUAAUACUUGUCGAUUUAGUUCAUUAUUUCAUUUAUCGUCCCUUAUAUUUAAAUUUCGUAUGUCCUAAAUAUACCUUGACUUAAUAA